ACGGUGUUUUGGUGGGAGAGUGAAAAGAAAGCGCGUCGUUCACUGAGAGAUCUUUUUGUUGUGAGUAACAGGAUGAAGGUGAUAACGUGUGAGAUUGCCUGGCACAACAAGGAGCCAGUAUACAGUCUGGAUUUCCAGCAGAACGCAGAGGGCAAGAUUGACCGCUUGGCCACUGCUGGAGUGGACACCACUGUGCGAAUGUGGUGUGUAGACAGAGGGCCAGAUGGAAAAGCUGUUGUAGAGUUCCUGUCGAAUUUGGCGAGACACACGAAAGCAGUGAACGUAGUGCGCUUCUCCCCUGCCUCAGACCUCCUGGCCUCAGGAGGAGAUGAUGCAGCUAUCUUACUGUGGAAGCUGAAUGACAGUAAAGAGCCUGAACAGGCCCCAGCUUUCCAGGAGGAUGAGGAUGCUCAGCUUAAUAAGGAAAGCUGGAAUGUAGUGAAGACUCUCAGGGGACACAUUGAGGAUGUCUAUGACAUCUCAUGGACCAGCGAUGGGAAUUUUCUUGUUUCUGGUUCUGUGGACAACACUGCCAUCAUGUGGGACGUCCAAAAAGGUCAGAAGAUGUGCAUCUUCAACGACCAUAAGAGCUAUGUGCAGGGUGUGGCCUGGGACCCACUUGGCCAAUACAUCAGUACGCUAAGCUGUGAUAGGGUAAUGCGUGUGUACAGCACACAUGCCAAAAAAAAGGCCUACAGCGUGAGUAAGAUGACCUCAGGCUCUGCUGGGGAAGGAGAGGUGAAAAACUACAGGAUGUUCCAUGAUGACAGUAUGAGAUCCUUCUUCAGGCGUCUCACUUUUACACCUGAUGGAUCCUUCCUUCUUGCACCUGCUGGGUGUGUGGAGGCAGGAGAAAACGUCACAAACACCACCUAUGUUUUUUCCAGAAAGAGCUUCAAAAGACCCAUAGCUCAUUUGCCUUGCCCUGCUAAAGCCACCCUAGCUGUACGUUGCUGCCCUGUCUACUUUGAACUUAGGACCAAGAAAGCAGAAGAUGGAUCACUGCAGACACUGCCCAACACGUUCCAGCUGCCCUACCGGCUGGUGUUUGCUGUGGCAUCUGAAGACUCCAUCUUUUUCUACGACACCCAGCAGACACUGCCGUUUGGUUAUGUGUCCAAUAUCCACUAUCACACCCUCAGUGACCUCAGCUGGUCUCGCGAUGGCUCUUUCCUGGCUGUGUCGUCCACGGACGGCUACUGCUCUUUUGUGUCCUUUGAGGAGCUGGAGCUUGGUACCCCUCUAAAGGAGCGGCCUCCACUGGAUAUCAUCACCCCGGUUAGUGCCAGUGAGAAGAGGGGCAAGAGAACCCCAGGUACCGGACGAACCUCUUCACCCGUGCCUCGCCCCACCCCCAUGCCUGUCACUCAGGAGAAGGAAAAAGAGGCUUCAUCAGCCUCUGUCCCAUCAAAGACUCCUGGAGCUCCUGUCCCAGAAGAGAAGCGUACUCCGCUAGGCCUCAAGGCCAAACAUCAGCCCAGACGAAUUACUCUCAAUACUCUGGAGGGCUGGAGCAAACCCAGCACUCCAAAAUCUCCUGCAGUCCCCACAGCAGCUCCUACCAGCAGCCCCAGUAUGCCCAAAUCUGCACCCUCCACCCCUCUGUCCAGUCAGGGACCUACCACACCCAAAACAGCCCCUAGCACCCCCCUUGGACCAGUCAAUGUCAAAAACACCACAACGCCUAAGGGACCCACUCCCAGACGAAUUUCUCUGACGCCAGUUCUCCCCAUCACUCCAUCCUCCACUGAGAAAGCCAAACAUGAGAGACCAUCUCCUCCCAACGACCCAGUGUGCAAGCCUCCUGAAUCCAAGCGUCCCAAGACCAAUGAAACUCCAGUCCACACUGAUAGCACCAGCACCUCUGUCCAAAGCAGUGAGCCCUCAGUGGGCAUGGAGUCUAGAAGCAAGCCCACGGAUCCUUAAGAAACAUGGAGCAGCAACAAGGCUUCCCUUUGCUUAACAUCCAAGCAUGUCCAAGAAGUUCUGUAAACUAGCACGAAGUGUACGUGCGUAAGCUCCUGCAGAUGCAUGAAGUUGGACAUAAAUUUCAGAUUCACUCACCAGUGUUCUA